CAUGAAAACAUUUAGGUUGGCAAUUGGGAUUUAGGGGUUAUAAGACUUCAAAGGAAAAGUUGGGGUUUAUUUAUAAAUAGAGGGUUAAUUUGGAGGAUUUACUUAAAUAAAUAACUUUUACUUUUAGGGUUUAUAUUUAUAUGGCAAAGCCUUUGUCGAUUUUCCAUCGGAGUUUGUCGUCUAACAUAGAGCAGGAAGCGUCGGAGAUGGAGAUGAACACAGUGAUGUGUCUGUUAACAGACGCAGAAGGAACUCCACUAGGUUCUGCUAUGUAUAUCCCUCACAACGCAGGGCAUUUGCAGCUCACCAACUUGGUCAAUACGUUUCUCAACAAUGAGGAGAAGUUAUCUUACAGCUUCUAUGUAUCAGAUGAAGAGCUUCUUGUCUCAGUGGGAACUUACAUGGAGAGAAAUAGCGUGUCCGUGGAGAAUGUUUUGAAGAUUGUUUAUCGACAACAAGCUGUUUUCAGGAUUCGCCCGGUUUACCGUUGCUCACAGACAAUAAGUGAUGUUCAUGAGGGUGAGAUUCUCUGUGUUUCGUUUAGCCCUGACGGUAAGCAACUAGCAAGUGGUUCAGGUGAUACAACUGUGAGGCUUUGGGAUCUCAACACUGAAACUCCAAUGUUUACAUGCAAAGGGCACAAGGAACAUGUUCUCGCAGUUGCAUGGUCACCAGAUGCAAAGUGUCUUGUGAGCGGUGAUAGAGAUGGAAAAGUCUGUUGUUGGGAUCCAAGCAAAGGAGAAUUACAGGGCAAUGCACUUUCAGGUCACAAGAAGUGGAUUUGUGGUAUCGCGUGGGAACCAGCUCAUCUUAGUUAUCCAAGCAGGAGAUUUGUGACUUGUGGCAAAGAUGGGGAUGCAAGGAUCUGGGACUUUACACUGAAGAGAACUCUUAUUGUCCUCAGUGGACACACACGAGCUGUGACCUGUGUCAAAUGGGGUGGUGAUGGAACUAUAUACACAGGUUCCCAAGAUAGUACCAUAAGGAUGUGGGAGAUCACUCAGCAGGGUCAAGGAAUCCUCAAACAUAUAUUGAAGGACCAUGCCGGUUGGGUGAACUCCCUUUCAUUGAGUACAGAAUAUGUUCUUCGGACAGGAGCUUUUGACCGCACUAGACAAGUAACAUGUUCAGAUGAAGAAAUGAAAAAGAUUGCACUUGAAAGAUACAUCAAAGCAAAAGGGAAAAUAGAUUCUCUUGAAAGAUUAGUGUCUGGGUCUGAUGAUUUCACAAUAAUCCUUUGGGAACCAUCCGUUAGCUUACAACCUAAACAAAAAAUGGUUACUACAGCCAGGUUAACUGGUCAUCAACAGCUUGUAAACCAUGUGUAUUUCUCACCAAAUGGGCAAUGGAUUGCAAGUGCAUCGUUCGAUAAAUCUGUGAAGCUAUGGGAUGGUGUCACAGGAAAAUUUAUUACAGCAUUCCGAGGCCACGCUAACUGUGUCUAUCAGAUCAGUUGGUCACCUGACAGUAGGAUGCUUUUGAGUUGCAGCAAAGAUUCAACUCUCAAGGUAUGGGAGAUUGGAACAAAAAAGCUAAAACAUGAUCUCCCUGGUCAUGAGGAUGAGGUUUGGGCUGUGGAUUGGAGUCCAGAUGGUGAGAAAGUAGCUUCUGGUGGUCUUGGUAAAGCUCUUAAACUAUGGAAAGGUUAAAGGAAGAGUUCUUUAUUCUUUUUUUUUUCUUCAAAAACACAUGCACACAAGACAACAUCAUUAAUCUGGCAAACUGAGUAUUUUUAUCCCACAAACACAAACUGGUUGGAACAAGAGGGUAGUAGCAAACCAAUCAUUGUUUCUUCAGUAGUUCUACUUGAAACUGAAGCUAAACCAUGGUUUUACUCACCAGUCUUGAAGAUGUGUAUAAGAAAACAGACGAAGUAAACAAACUUAAUGAAAGGAUGAG